AUGAUCUCAUCCCAGCCCUUCCCCGCUGCUGCGCACCUCACCUCGUCCCCCUCCGCCUCGCCCAUCCUCCGCCCCGUGGCCGGCACGCUGCCCGACGACGACCACUCGCCGCGCACCCCGCGCUCGGCCACCCGCGCAGCGUACACGCCCGCGCGGCUCGCGCGCUCGUCGUCGCGGACCCGCGGCGAGGUCGACGCGCCCACGCGCUCGUUUGCGCAGGAGAUUGCAGACUGCGUGCGCGCACGCAAGGCCCGCGCGGCCGUGCUGGGCAUCUCGCCCGCCAGCCCCGGCGGCAAGGAGCGCGACCACCUCGAGUUCAUCGUCGACAUUCCCGUCUGGUCCCCCGGUUGCUUCUCUGACCUCUCGACCCUCCACGCUCUGCGCGACACGACCCUCGCCCAUGUCCACGCCCUCCUGGCGCACCUCGUGUCGGAGCACGCCCUGCACGGCACCUACCGCCUGUUGGCGCGCCCACCGGCCGCCGUCGGCUGGGCGGGUAUCCGCCUGGCUCCGUCCCCACUCGACAUUGACAUUGAGACCGGCGCCAUCCCGCUUCCCGUCCGCCGCACGAGCUUUGUCAAGCCCGAGCGCGACGGCAGCGGCGGCGUCGCGUCCCCCAAGGCCACGGCCAUGAGCAUCUCGCCCGCGGCCGCCGGGUUCUUUGACCACGACCACGCCAUUGCCGACUCGGACUCGGAGUCGGGAUCAGUCAUCGACGUGCCCCUCACCCCCGGGUACAGGAACGACACGCCGCUCGCCGAGGAGCCAGGCCACGACGACGAGGACUCGACCGACGACGCCGUCCAGGCCGAAGUCGCCCGCCGCGGCGGCAAGGAGGGCAUGGUCUUUGUGGCAAAGUUGAAGGGCCAGCUCAGCUUGAUCCUCACUUAA